AUGGAGGACGACUUUCGGCCGCAGGUGAAGAAGGUGGCUGUGGCCAUGGGCGCUUCGCUCACGGAGCGGGACAUCGAGCGCAUGCCACGGGAGAUGAGAACGCAUGGAAACUUUCACUACAGCAGGUUUCUGGAGUACAUGAGGCAGUUCAAGACCUCCGAGCAGAGAGAGGACGCCAUCAGGAAGGCUUUCACCAUGCUCGACAAAGACGGCAGCGGAUACAUCGAGUGGAACGAGAUCAAGUACAUCCUGUCUACUGUCCCGACUGCAGCUCCAUCAGCUCCUCUGUCUGAUGAGGAGGCGGAGGCCAUGAUCCAGGCUGUGGACACUGACGGAGAUGGACGCAUCGACUAUUCAGAGUUCGCAGACAUGGUGAAGAUGGAGACGAAAGCGAAGAAGUAGAGGUCACGUAGUUGAUCUGAGUGUGAUGAAGAGGAAGACGAUGUCCCCUCCCUCCCUGAAGAAGGAUCUUCC